AUGGCUCCGAAAAGAGAAUCCUCAAUUAAGAAAUCACCUUCACCAGUGACCCAACCGAGACUGGGUCCCCCUUACCCCUGCCUGCCUGCGACUGCUGCGGAACCGAAAGCGUCUCUAGAGCAGAAACCAAGGAUGCUGCGUCCCUCAGAUUCACCGUUUGACCCCAGUACUUUGGAGUCUGACUUCUCGGAAGAUCAAAUCCUCGAGUUCAAGGAGGCAUUCCUGCUCUUCGACAAGACCGGAGAUGGGAAGAUCAACUUCAGCCAGUGUGGGGACGUCAUGCGGGCCCUGGGACAGAACCCUGUCAACGCUGAGGUGCUCAAGGUCCUGGGCAACCCCAAGGCUGAGGAGAUGAACAGCAAGAUGCUCGACUUUGAGCAGUUCCUGCCCAUGUUCCAGGCCAUCGCUAAGAAUAAAGACCAGGGCUCCAUGGAGGAUUUCGUGGAGGGACUGCGUGUCUUUGACAAGGAGGGCAACGGCACAGUAAUGGGAGCAGAGCUACGUCACGUCCUCACCACGCUAGGCGAGAAAAUGUCAGAGGAGGAAGUGGAGACGCUGUUGGCAGGACACGAAGAUGCAAAUGGGUGCAUCAAUUAUGAAGAACUGGUCAGGAUGGUGAUGAACGGGUGAAGAAACAAAGAUCAUCCUCCAGUUUUUUUUAUUUUUACCCUGUCACAUAAACCCUCUUUUUGCAGUUGGCCUCUACAUUCCUGCCCCCUCCUCAUUCCAUGGAUUAGUUUUCCACAUUUAAUUUAAGAAGUGCCUUUACAUUCCCAUCAAAAGACCACAAAUAAUCUGGCUGUUGCUCCCAAUUAUGUUGUUUGCAUUUAAAUAAAUGUUUUCCCUGAAAACUUA